ACUCCCUGUCUGUUUCUUUCUCUUCAGUUGGAGGCUAGAGAGCGUGCUGAGUUGGUCAGCGGAGGGGUCCAGUUAGCAGCAGGUCCUGGCACUGUGGCGUCACGGAGCAAUCGAGAGCAGCACGACGAGACUUCAACGCUCCGCCGGGAGAGGGAAGCGCAGCGGAGGCUCCUGGCAGACACACACUCGACGGCCAUGGACCUGCGCUGUCGCCUGGAGCACAAUGAGAGAGACUGGUCAAGGGAGAAAGCUGAGCUGCUGGAGAGGUUUGACGUGGAGAGGAGGGAAUGGGAGAGCCAGCUAAAAGAUAUGCAAAAGAAAAUAGAAGAGUUGUACUGUGAAGUGAAGGUCAAGCGUGAAGGAAUCGGACUGGACACUGGGAGGCAGGAAGAGCACGAUGUUGUGCAUCGGCUCAGUAUGCGUUCAACCAGCACUGGCUCCAGUCUGCUCAGUGACAACUCCCACUCCCAGCAGCUCAGCAGCAGCAGUCAGUCAGAACUGAGCAGACACCCAGCAUUACCUGGUUUGGGUCACAACAGCAACAUCAGUGGCAGUGGUGGGAGAGAUAGUCAACAGUCCGCCUGUUUCCAGGCAGACAGCCUCUGUGAAUUUAAUAUUGGUGGUCAGUUUAAUCAGAAUGACCAUUUACAAGCUGAGCUGGUGGAUGAAUUGAGAUCCAGAGGCCCUUGGAAGCAAGACUCAGUCACUGAUAGCAAGGAGGCAUUGGACACAUCGGAGCUGGAGGCUGUUUUACACGGAGCCCCUGGAUGUGGAGUGGUACAGAAAAAUGGCUCUGAAGGGAAUGAAAGUCCUCUGUGGGGAGAGCUGAGUUGUGGCAGCACCAAGAAGAAGAACACCACUGCUCUCAAUGCUGCUCUGAAAGAGAUCGCCCGUGUCAGUGAGGAGCUAUGUAGCUACCAGUAUGAGAUCAGAAAGAAGAGUGGGGAUAAGAGGAAUCGAUCUGAAUCCUUGUGCCUCCCGGAGGAGAGGGAGAUGCUGCAAGGGCACGAUAAAACCGGACUGGAAGCGGAUGAAGCACCUUGCGACCUCAGCCAGAUCUACGAAGACCUGCGGGCCUUGGAGAGGGAAAACUGGAUCACCUUGUCACCAGAUAACACCUGGCAGGCCACCAGAGGGCCAGACGAAUCCUGGAGAAUGAGUGCCACUGAUCCAGACAGCUACCAUGACACACAGACAAGCCCUGAAGUACUGUCUGAGAUGGAUAUAGCAGCCCCGCCCAUCCCUCCCCGCUCCUCCUCCUGGAAUCUGAGUAGCCCCACCCAUCCAGACUCAGAACUCCACAUCCCAGAAUCCCCCAUGACGACAGUGAGGAAGUGCCAUAGCCCGUGUGUUCUAGUGGACAGAAAGUGUAGCAGUCCAUCCAUCGUCAGGAAGUUUGAGGCUAUGCUCCAAGAAAACGAAGGAAAGGUUUUAAUAGACGGUGUGGUAGCAUCGUGCGCUGUACCCGUUAGCUCUAACUGUAACAUGGGCUGCUGCCACAGCCGCUGGUCCUGUGAUGCAAGCAAGUUCAUUGGCAGUAAGUUGUCUACGUAUGGGACUGUCCAGAAAAGUUUCUCCGAGGUCAACAUAUUGAGUGCUGGAAAAGACCCAGAUUACAGCCCUGGUGUUGGGAACUUACAAAGCCCUGAGCUACAAUUACCUCCGAUUGUCAAAGACUUACCUGUAGAGUUGCUAUUGUCUUCUCUGGAAAUACCAACUACCAGCCCCAACAUCCAGGGUUCCAAAAGAAACAUAAUGCUGGAACAAAAAACAGCUGAGUUCAACAGAACUUUGUUUCAGGCGGAGAUGGGCCGUGGCGUAGAGGAGCAAGACAGUUUUACAGCAACAGAUGCCCGCUCUGUGGGUUGCCAACCAGCCAUUUCAGCAGCUUGUGCGUCAGAUGAGGUUUUACUUCCCAGGGAGAGUAAAUUUCAGCCACGUUGUACUGAUGUCACUGCUAGUGUCAUGGGCGUACAUCCUGAAGCCACAUUAUCUCUGUCCACCUUGGAUUCCCCUAAUCAGAAGCCCGAGGUCCAACCGAGGCGAAGCAGAUGUGGUGCUGAAGUUCAAAAAGUCAGAAUGAAGCAGGAAAUCCCGUCUGGCCUUUCACCUGAACAGUCACAGGCUGGACUCAGGGAAGCAAGCACGAUAACCUCUCAGAGAACCGCACACCGUUCUGAGGUCAAGCACAAAGUUCGAACAGCAAGCAGUCCUUCCAGGAAAACACAACACAGAGCAGCCACAGAGGCUCCCUUUUCUGAGACUGUCUUGCCUGCAAAUACCCAGCCAGGUCAGAAUGUGGAGGGUUCCAGCUCCAAGAAUGAGAAUCCCCAUGGAGCAAAGCUUCAGCCAGCCAGGGUUGGUGUCUCACCCCAGCAGCCCUCUGCUGAGAACAAACAAAGACAGAUGACACAGCCAGGGCACCAGACGCAGCCAAAGCAUGCAUCUCUUCCUUCCUCCCAGUCUGACUCUUCCAGACCUGGACCUCGAAUGAUGAAUGACCAUCCUUGGAAGCCCCUCACUCUGGCUGCGUAUCCACGGCCCGAGGGAUCCAGGUCCAACUACGGGGCAGUGGAAAGGAUUCUGAAGAAUUAUGAGAGUGCAGCCCGGGCUCAACAGAACCAGAGCCAACAGAGUGAAAUGACUUCAAGUCCUAACCUCAGCGUCAAGCAGGAGGAGAACGCAACAGAACUGGACAUGCUGGACACACAUCCUCUGCCCUUACCUCCUACUCUGAGACACACACAGCCCUCACACACCUCACAGACAGACACCACACAUUCACAACUCAGCAGCCACAAUGUCAUGGGAGUGACAGAGAUACAGCUUACAGUGCAGGAGAAAGAAGAGUCUGGCUUCUCCUCGUCCUCCGUCCAGAAGAACUUCUCGAGGCCUGCCCGCCCAGCCAAUCGACGCCUCCCCUCCCGAUGGGCCAGUCGCUCCCCCACUUCCUCCUCCUCCACCUCCUCGUCUCCCUCUACCACCCCUGUCGUACCUCCAUCCUUCCCGCUCCAGAAACACACUUCCUCCUUUACCUACUCACACGCCUUUCACAUAGAGACCGUCAUCAUUUGAUCUUCACCUUGAACAACUAGAAGCCUUCAGUGAUAACCUUCCCUUUUCUCUCCAUUACUGUUGUACAUACCAAACCCAGACUUAUCUCCACUCCCCCAGACUCAGAAGUGCUUUAGUUGUGAGUUCGCCAACUCACUUUCAGAAUGUAUGUGGCAUUCAGUGGAGCCAAGCUGACCAAGGCAAGAAAAGGAUCCGAAGAAGCUUCAGUUAUUCAGCAGUAUGCUCUGAUUAUCCUUCCAGGCAUCAUGCAUCUCCUCAAACAUCACUUUUAAAAGGAAUAAUGACAUCCAAAGCAUCAUUCAUUCAUGCCAGCCAUCUGAAUGGAUAUCCUAUGCUCAGGAUUCUAGCCUUGACUAGUGUAGCCUUGCAGAUCUACCAACAACAGACCCUUCACUAUUUUCCUCUGUUCUAUAUACUGUAUAUACACCUUAAAGUGAUGCUAGCUCAUAUUCAAAUGGUGUACACAUUUUCAGCCAAACAAAAUACAGUAUGAUGUAUUUAUGAUGUACUGUUUUUUAUUUUGUGUGCAACAUUAUGUUUUGUGUGGGGUUUUUUUUGCACAAAAUAGGAUGUUACAUACACAAUAUGCAGCAUCAUGUUGGAUUCAGAUAUAAAGCAGUGGAGCAAAGAUUUCCCCUAACGUCACUUUCUCAGUGUGCUGGAUAAAGCAGUGUUGGUUUUUCUGCCUUCUUGAAUAUAAAUACUUGCAGUACAUGCCUGAACUGUACCUUGCCUGUGACAAAAACAUUUUGCUUUACAUUCACGACUGGCUUUACAUUUUUCAUGCGUAUUUACUUGAUAUCGACAGAUUAAAAUGUGAGUUCCUUUUUUAUAACUUUGUACCAAAGGCUGGUUUCUUUAUAUGCAUUUUCUUGAUUUGAAAAUUAAAUGCAUUGUCUGUAAUGGCAUUUAUUUCUGCUGUCCUCUCAUUGCUGAUCUUUUCCAAUCAAAAUGUAAUGUUAAAUUUCAUUCAUGAGAGCCCGCUUUUGUGCAUAAAAUAGAUAAUGAUGCUUACUGAGAAGAAAAAAAUGAAAAGCCUUUUUUCUACUUUUACUAAUUCUGAAUGGUCACAUAUCAGGACAUUACUCAGCUGAGUGGUACAGUUUUUUGGGUCAAAGUGGUGAAUCAUAUCAUGAUGAAGGUGAUGCCUUUGCUGUUCUUUUUGUGUAAUAAACAUAAGGACUAA